CACCCCUCCGACGGCGAUGGAAGUGGAAGUAUCGCGGGAAUUGGGCACAAUGGGAAGGACAGCCAAAGAGCUGGGCUUCCCUAUACCCCACAAGUCACGGGCGGGCACUACCGGUAUAUCAUCAUACUGGUAUCAUACAGUACUCGCACUCGAGUGCAAAAAAGACCAUCACUACUCGUAGACUACCGACUAACUGUUGCCGAAUAUGAUACCCGGCUCACCCACCAGCUGCCUACAACACCGACACAGUCCGUGAUAUUGUAGAGUACGGUAUGGUUCUCCAUAACAGUUGUAGAGCACUGGUACUCUCUCUCUCUCAGUGCUGGCACCGACCGGUACGGUACGGUAGACUACUCGAGUACGGUACUGUACCCUGCAGCACACCACCACCGAAACCCACUCGCUCACAAAAAAAGAAAGGAAAAGCCACCCUUCUUCAUGCUUCCCUGACCUCACUCGCUCCCCUCCCUCCCUUCCAUCGCCAUCGACACCGAGACACCCAAAACUCUCCCUGGAUCAAAACAUAUGCCCAGUUGCGCACGCGACAAUUUACCGGUACCCACCCAUCCCUCCAUCCGCCCGUCCGUCCACCCAUCCACCGUCAUCCCUAGAUUAAUUAAAUACCGGUGUCGCCAGUGACGUUGCCCAGCGAUGCAGCGAGUAGAAUAAAAACCGGUAAACAAUUACUCGUGCGCGUGCCAGGAAUGGAUGGAUAGGUUACUGUAAAUAAAUAGAAAAAGGAGAUCGGCUCCUCACUCCUUUCAUCCCCACGAUUUAUUUUUUUCUCUCCGGGCGAUUCCGCCGCCCGGGUGCGGCUGAGGAGGGUUACAGUACUCGAGUACAGGGCUGGCAAGCGAUGGGGGGCAUCCGUCUGGGCUGGUACUGGUACUCGAGUACAGUACUAGUACAGUAAGAGGUGGUCCGCAGUUUUGGUUAAAACGCUGGUACGGCACGAUACAUACCGGUAUAAUAGGGUGACAUAGGGUGAUAUAGGGUGAGUUUACUCGAACCAUGGAGAGGGAAGGGGGAAAGGAUGAGCUGGAUGGGCUGAGGAUUAUUCUAGAUCUGGUGAUGUGAUGUGCUGUGCUGUGCUCUAUGGUAUUCUACUCUACUCAGCAUUCAAAUGGUGCAGUGAACUUCCGUUGUUGGGGUGAAUGCACCCGUACCGGUACUGGUACUCGAGCAACGCAGUCGAUACCAUACUGUACAAGUACCAAGGAAACGAUCGGGCGCGGGAAGGGAUCGAGGGCUGGCUGUGCUCGACGAAUCGAGAGAGGGAGGGAACGCAAUGUUGUAUGCGGGUGGGUUGUACGAUGCUAACAAACGCGGAUGUGGUAUUACUGUGCUUGGCUGGAUGUCAUUACUGUGCUGCUCAGUGCGGAUUUCAGUCCAAUUUCUUCUUGCACGAGUUACUGCCGGCUGCGGCCUGCACAAGGAGUUCACCAGAGUAGAGUAAAUUCCCUACCGGGCUACCUUACACUCCUUCUCACAGCGAUCAUUACCCCCACCCCUCCCCUCCCAUGUCGGAUCACAGCCUUUCGUCCCACAUACCUCGCCAUCAUACCUACGAGUACAGUGGACUACCGGUACGUUUGAUACCCCUCCCCAAGUUUUACCGGUCCAGACCAAACUACACGUGUAAACUUAACCCCACCCCCCUACCGAGGUUCCCAUCUCUUUCUUUCACGACAAGUUCACAACCCUCACCGUGAGUUAGCAUCGUCCUCCAAACAAUCAACUAAACCCCGAGCACAAUACCAGCGCAGCACAAUAGCAAUCCCAACACCACAACUGCCCCCCCCUCCCCCGAAAAAAAAGAAAAGAAAAAAAAAACCCCUCAGAUGCUACGAGUACUAGUACGAUAUCCCGUCGUCCGACCCGCUCACAAACUCACGCAAACUACGACACCCGUACUCGAGUACGGUACACAUGCACUACAAAGUAUUCAAAAAUCUUGGCAGAGCUACCGUAUGCCUAACAAACGCCACGACUUCCGAGCACUUCUGCAAUGCGCUGGUAACCGUACCGGUACUGGCACACUGCCAUACGAGUGCCGGUGCCCGUAGAAGUGUCUGGCGAAGACUAAGACAUAUACUUGGAGAUUACCGUCCCGCGAGCGCUGGGGGUGGGGUUUCUAUUAGUGGAUGGGAAUGCCGUGGGUUUGCGGAGUACUAUAAUGAUGGCGUGCGGUACAGCAGUGUGGUUCACGCGUAAUCACUCACUCACGCUCUCACUUACGGUAUCAUACUCGCUGCAGUGGUGUGUUGGUGCAGUACGAAGUGAGAGGGGAUCGGGGUUUUCGAUGAGCUGUUUGCUGUCCCCCUGGCCGGUUUGCGGAUGGAGGGUGUGGGGUGCCGUGGAGGAGGGUUGCGUACUGUAGGGCUGCGAUGUGUUGGUGGGGGCGGGGAAUUGGUUGAUUGCCCGACUGAUUAAAAGUGAGGCCCUGUUUUGGCAUCAUACUGGUAUAAUAUCGCAUGGUACGUAUGGUAAUUUAAGCACUGCCGGUACAGUACCCUGUACUACCGUCUGACAAAGGAGAUCAAUUUCGAGGGUAUGGGAAGGAACGGCAGGUCAGAGUUUGUUCGCGCACUGUUCUGGAGCUGAAAAGGACAAGGAAGAGGGAAAAAAAAGGCUCAAGCUUUAUUUAUCGGUAUCGGCUCUCGUAUCAAGUUGGCCAAACUCUCCCUUCCUGUAACAAGGUACUGGUACGGUAUCGCACGAUCACCUACGGCGAUGACAGUAGCAGCAAACCACCAUAAUGAUCGUGGACUGCUGUAGAAAGGUGUUCUAUCUAUGGUGCGAUGAUGCGAUAUGUGGUAUACAGCAAGAGA